AUGAAAGACUGGAACCUGUACACGUCUGAGGACGACGAACGCCUUUACACUGAGGCCUUUGACCUGGAGGCUCUGCUCGCCCCAACACCACCAGGGGUCGUCCAAGAGCCUGCUACAGCAGACACCAUGAAGGACUGGAACCUGUACACGUCUGAGGACGACGAACGCCUCUACACUGAGGCCUUUGACCUGGAGGCUCUGCUCGCCCCAACACCACCAGGGGGAGUUCAAGAGCCUGAGCACCAGGACAUCCUGGUGGAGUCCAUCAUCCAGCCGCCUUCUCCUCUGGAGGAGAGUGCGGUGGUGCGGGCUCUCCGCGAACAGCUCCGAGAAGCAUGGGCUGAAAUCAGCUCUCAGGCUGAGCUGCUGGAGGCAAAGAGGAAGCUCCAAACCACAGAGAGCAGCUUUAGGGAGCUGACCAAAGACUUUGGGGAUAUCCGCUACCUGUACAACAAGGCAGUGUCUGACAAAGCCAACCAAGGCCAAGAGCUCGUUUUUGCAAAGCACCUUAUUGCAAAUCUAAAGAAAAGCAUCCAAGACCAGGCCAAAGCCAUACAGGAGCUGCAGCUGAACUCUGCCAGAGAGAAACACGUCUCCAGGGCCAUGGACACAGAGGGCCUCUCUCAGCAGGACGUGUCCAUCCAAACAUCUCCUGAGGACUCUGUCUCAGAGCUGCAGCAGCUGAAGCAGCAGCUCAGAGCCACAGAACUAAAGUUACAGCAGGAGGCUAAAGACUUUGGAGAGAUGCGGAUCCUCUACAACUCUGCUGUGUGUGACAAGGCCACCCUGAGGCAGGAGCUCACCUCUGAGCUGAUGGAGGCAAAGAGGAAGCUCCAAACCACAGAGAGCAGCUUUAGGGAGCUGACCAAAGACUUUGGGGAUAUCCGCUACCUGUACAACCAGGCGGUGUCUGACAAGACGAACCAAGGCCAAGAGCUCGUCUCUGCAAAGCGUCUUAUUGCAAGUCAAAAGAAGAGCAUCCAAGACCAGGCCAAAGCCAUACAGGAGCUGCAACUGAGCUCUGCCAGCUCCAGGGCCAUGGACACAGAGGGACUCUCUCAGCGGGACAUGUCCAGCCAAACAUCUCCUGAGGACUUUGUCUCAGAGCUGCAGCAGCUGAAGCAGCAGCUCAGAGCCACACAACUAAAGUUACUGCAGGAGGCCAAAGACUUUGGAGAGAUGCGUAUCCUCUACAACUCUGCUGUGUGUGACAAGGUCACUCUGAGGCAGGAGCUCAGGCCACAGAGACCAGCAGGAGUAAGAGACCAGAGGGGAGUGUCCAGGCGCCGUCAAUAA